AUGACGAAGCUCGCGAUUCUCUUCGCCGUAUGCGCUGCGCUUACUCAAACGGUUCUCGGCCAACUGGAUCGUGGCGGCGCGUCCGCCGUGACGGGGCGUCUCCACCGGCGCGAGGUGUACGAGUAUACCGCACCAAACAAGCAAUACAAGAAGGUCAUCUGUGGGCAAUGGCAGAGCUCUACCGAGCAUCGCUCCAGUCAAGCGUGGACUCAGAAUUUCGAGUACCUGAGGAAGACCGAGAAACACAGCAAAGCAGAGAAGGACUUGAAGGACUGGAAAGCCUUUAUGGAGACCAUGAGACACAUCUACACGAUUGGUAAACAGAACUGUGUUGAGGAGGCCUUUAGCACAUUCUCGAUCCAGGCGUUCCACCAGGACGAGUGGAGUCUCGCCGUGUCCCGCAAGAAGGGCACAGAAUGCUGA